AUGGGUAACAUCAAGAGUUCACUGCAGGAGUGCGUGGAAUUGGACGAUUCCGUAGUCUCCUUGGCAGCUGAAACGCCGUAUGGCUAUAAACAGAAAUUCAUUCUUGUUGGACGGAGGCUGUAUCUUCUCUUAGAUGGUUGGACGAUUGAGCAUGGUAAGUACAUUAUUACGCUGAAAACUGGGACAUAUGAGUCCAAUCUGGAGUGCAAACUUUUCGAUUCGAAGGGGAUGGAAACACCAGUUAGUUUAGAGGAGAUUAAGGGCUCAGGUAGUUACUUGCUAAGUCCACAUCCUAACCUGAGGGAGGGACGGUAUACGUUUUUAAUGAAUUAUGGCGAGAAAUGUGUUUGUAGGAUAAAUGUUUACUGUGAAAGACUGAAAAAGAACGAUAAUGACGAGCAGCUGGCGGCUGCGAUAGACAGUGAGCCUGUUGAGGAUAAGAAAGUGUUGGCGAACGGAAGUGCUGGUACAGAGGGCGGACUGCUGGUGCAUUCGGUCACGUUUCCAGACUCGAAGAGACUGGUGUCAAAUGAUCCUUUCCCAAGUUUCAUCCAGGAUGGUCCACAGUUCCGCACACAGUUAGCGACAUGGGAAUCUACGUUAUUUGUGCUGAGAUCGUAUUUAAAAACGUUAUAUAAGCGCUCAGCGAAGUUGAAGGAGCUGCUAUACUUGACUUCCAAGGCCUUUAGUGGUGUUUCGGAUGCUUUUAGUGAUAUUCAUGAUUUACUGAAGGACCAUCCGCUGUCUUCGUCAUAUAUGGAUAUUAUACUUGCGUCUUCUACGCUAUGUAUAUCGCAGUCUAGGAGACUGUCUUACAAGGCCAGCAUUACACAUGAGGAGCUAUUGAGGCCGUUACAGGAAUAUCUGAACACGAUAGACCUCAAGACAAUAACUAAUAACAAGAAGUUGUACCACGACCAGGCGAAGGAGUACUACUCAUAUGUUGGAAAGCAUCUUUCUCAGCGGACAGACAGUGCGCUUCUGCCUAAGCGAGUUCAGUUUGAACUGCAGCGCUAUGAUUAUUUUUAUUCAUUAUUGAAUUAUAUUAUGGGUUCACAUAGUCGCGAUUUUGCGGUGAUGCUAGCCAAGUUCCAAAUGUAUAUUGAUCCUAUUAAGAAGCCUACAAUCAUCCAACUUGCGAGACUCUAUCGAGCUAAUUAUCCUAAAUUUAUCAAACUAACGACUGAGGAACGGGAAAGACUUUCAAAUGUUAAUAAUUAUUCUGAUCUUAAUGAUUUUUACCACCUCAGUACCGAUAACACUUCAAGCACGCCUUUAAAAGAAGGUUUGCUUUGGUCAUAUAGGAAUAAUGGUUGGCAUAAACAAUGGGUAGUUCUACAAGGUUCUCAGCUUUCCGAAUAUUCCGAUUGGAAGACUGAGGCGAAGGUCCGAAGUCGUCCAUCUGUUAGUUUAACUUUUGCAUGUGUGAAGCGGUCAGCUAAGAAACCUAACGGUUUCGACAUUAUUACAACAAACUCUGAAGCCAGGUCUUUCCAGGCAGAAUCUGAAGAUGAAAUGAAGCAGUGGUUGCAGGUCCUCCAAUCAGCAGUAGGCGUAAUGAACAUAGAAGACUCGGAUGAGACAAGGGACCCGCUUACAAUAGUUAGGAAUACGGACCCAUCUAACUCCACAUGUUGUGACUGUCAUAGUGAUAAACUAGUUGAGUGGAUAUCCUUGAACUUGCUUUGCGUGGUUUGCAUAAAUUGCUCCGGUGUGCAUCGCUCACUUGGUGCACACGUAUCAAAAAUACGAUCUUUGACUCUGGACUCCUUUAACACUCGCGAAUCAAUGGAUCUACUGAAAUAUGUUUCAAAUUACUAUGUUAACAGCCUUUAUGAAGUGGAUAAACCUCCCCUCGAACCAACAGCUACGACAGCGGAAAGAACUGCAUACAUAACAGAAAAGUAUGCUGAUCGCGAUCAGAAGAGGCUCGGCGGGAGCCCGUCCAGACUGCGUGUAUCAUUGAUUAAAGCGAUACAUUUAGAAAGUAUUUAUUUGCUGCAGAAAUGUGUUGCUGAGGGAGUCUUACUCAGUGAUAGCUAUUGGGCACAAGCGUACGACGAUGAGUCUCUUUUCCAGUAUUCCUUGAAGCAUUAUGAGGGAACUAAAGAACAUCAAAUAUUCACAGUUACAGAGUUCUUGGUUUUAAAUGGCAUGCCUGUCGAUGAUUUUACAGAGUCACCCGAUUUAGCAUCCAAGUGGUCUCCAGCACAGUUAGAGUACUGGAAAAGCAAAUACCAAAGUCAUCACUGUAAGAAUGUCCAAGUGUCCCCGCAAAAGAUACCAGAAGCUGUAUACUCCUACAUUGCGCGAUCACCGACAUCCCCGGUGGUAAACAGUUACAAAAGGUGGAGCAUAGGCAGUAGUCCCGGGUCUAAUUACCAUUUUUCCCCUCCGAUAAUAGGAAAAAGGCACUUGAAGUUUCCCAAAAAGCCAAAGAAGAUUAAUCAAGAUGAAUAA